AUGGAACCACCGGUAAAAUCGGGAUCGGGCUCUGGAUCGGGAUCGGGAUCGGAACCACCAUCGAAAAAGGAAGGUCAUGGAUCGGGAAGCAACCGUGGAACUUCACGGGGACGAAGAGGAAGAGGCCACUGGCGUGGCCACCGUCGUGGUUAUCACCAUCAAAGCAACGUCGCGAGGGAGAAACCGGUCGGGUUUGCUCUGCCAACACUGCCGGGCGAUUCACCAACAGCCUCGGCCCUGUCCAUCAGGAUAAACAAUGAAUCUUGUGAACACGCAGCAUGGAAGCUGUACUUUCCCUCGGAAGAUUACCAGUCCGGAUCCAGAACGGUACAUAAUAUACGAACAAUGCUCCAACAUUUCACUGACCAUGCGGACAAUUACGAGCCCUCGGAGGUAAAGCCUAACCUUUGGUUCGAGCUUAACCUGGGGUUGUGCGAAAACGAUGAGUCUCUGCGCAAGGAGUGGCCCACGAUGAGGCAGGAUUUGAUCGACAAUCCCGAGCACACGCUCGCUUGCAUCGGACAUGCAAUGCACGAUCUGUUGACAAGCAGCUCUUCCGACGAUAGUUUGCAGCAAUCGCAACAACUUUCCUUUCACCCGAUAAGGCCUCGCAUAGUCGGAUUUGGCCCUGAAGUUCGGAUCGGUUCGAUUAAAGUGAACAGCAUUGGCAAGCUGGUGUCCAUUCGUGGGACCAUCACUCGUGUCGGUGCCGCACAAAUUAUGAACACUUGGUGUGCGUUCCGGUGCGGUACUUGCGGCAAUCAGCAAGCGGUUCAGCAGAAGGAUGGCAUCUACACAUUGCCCACCUCCUGCCACAGUGGCUGCAAGGCGCGAAGUAACUUUGUAUCAGUGCCACAGUCCAUUUUCACCCGCAUGGAGCCGUACCAGACCGUUCGGUUGCAAGAAGGGAUACAAGGAUCGCGUGACGUGGUAAAAAGCAUCGAAGUGGAGCUGAUGCACGAAAUGGUGGACAGCGUGUCUCCGGGUGAUGAUGUGACCAUAACGGGCAUACUGAAGGUCCGCUCGCAGGAACAAGAAAACAGCACCGUAAAAUACGCAUACAUGCAGGCAUACAUGCAGGCUGUUUACGUGCGAAGCAACCAGAGCGCCCUGGGAAACUGGAAUCGGUUCGGUGAGUUCAGCGAGUUGGAUCUGGAAGCGAUCCGGAUGAUCCAAUCGGAACCGUCGACCUUCCGAUUGCUGGUGCACUCCCUGUGCCCUACCAUAUACGGGCACGAGCUUGUUAAGGCUGGCUAUUUGCUGGGCCUCUUUGGCGGCCACGCUACGAGGGCGGGCAAAAGAGCAGAAAUUCACGUGCUCGUCGUCGGUGACCCGGGCAUUGGCAAAAGUCAGAUCCUGCAGCGGUGCGCCACCGUGUCGCCGCGGGGAAUCUUCGUGUGUGGCACCAGCUCGUCGAUCGCCGGGAUGACGGUGACGGUGAAAACGGAGAAGGACGUCGGGGCGUCCUUCGAAGCGGGUGCGCUGGUACUGGCCCACCAGGGUGUCUGCUGCAUCGACGAGCUCGACAAAAUGUCCGACCAACACGCACUGGUGGAGGUGAUGGAACAACGGUCGGUGAGUGUGGCGAAGGCCGGUGUCAUUUGUAACGUGCCGGCGCAAACUACCGUUCUGGCCGCCGCCAAUCCGGCCGACGGUCACUACAACAAAACCAAAACGGUGUCGGAAAAUCUGAAGCUACAUUCGACCCUGCUUUCGCGGUUCGAUUUAGUCAUCAUUGUGCCCGAUCGUUCGAACGACCGCACCGACAAACUUUUCACGGCUCACAUUCAAAAGGCGAACGGCCUACCGAGUACCUCGUCGACACCGAUGUGCCAUGUUUUUGAUGCAUCCGGAUCUGGUUCGUGCGAUGGCGACGGUGAACCUACGAUCGAGCAGCAUCUAAGGCUGGCCCCGGGCGAGAAACUCGAUUUACUUCCGGUGGAACUGAUUCAAAAAUAUAUCGGCUAUGCUCGAAAAAACGUUCAACCAAUGCUGACGGCCGAAGCCGCCGACAAACUGCGGAAUUUCUAUGUGGAGCUACGUCGUGCGCACAGCGAAAGAGAUAUGAAUCCCGUUACCAUCCGGCAGCUCGAGGGACUAGUCCGGAUGACGCAGGCACGAGCCAAGAUCGAUCUGUCGCGGGAGGCUACCAUUGAGCACGUGCGCGAUGUCCUGGCCAUUUACCGUCAGAGCAUGCAGGACGUGGUAAGCGCCGAGGACGAUGCAGACCUUCAAUUUAUCCGUUCCUUCAAAGGCAGUGGCACCAGCAAAACGGCGGCGGUGCGAAAGCUUGCUGCUAUUCUACAGCGGCGAUCGGCUAGCACUGGCUCGACCAUGUACACUACCGACGAACUGCGAAAAGCCAUGGCAGCGGCCGGAAUCUCUGCCAACUGUAUCGAACUAAUCGAUACGAUGAACUUUCAGGGUUUUUUGCUGAAGAAGGGCCGCGAUUUAUAUCAAUUUAUCAACGAAUAG